AUGGAAAAGGGAGGGAUGCUUCCAAGGCAUGUUGAGGACAUUACCCAGCUCCUAACACUUCAGGUACUGGAGAUCUAUUCGCAUUACAUGGCAGUGCAGGAAGGCAGUUCACCCCCCUGUUCACUCAAAUUUUCACCACUUUCGAAAAAGGUGGCUCCGGUUUCAGUAGAGGAGGUCUUAGCCCCACUUGAACUUCUCUACGGCAAGACUUUCCUCUCCGGAGUUGGUAUUGCGCUGCACGGUGAAGAGUCGGUUAUUCGUUAUGUUGAAGGGAACAUUUCCGCCGCGUAUGACGUCCCAUCUGGAAAUGUGCAAUCAGCAUCUGAUAAAGAAGAGGAAGAAUGUCGUUGUACUUUGACCAGUAGAUCAUUAUCUACCGCACGAUAUGUCUACCGGGUUGGAGAACAUAUACUGCUUUCGCCGUAUUAUUGCCCAUGCUCAGCCUAUGCCUAUCAGUCAGUACGACGGAAAAAGGUUUGGUGUUGCAAACAUAUUCUAGCACUUCGUAUCUGUCUUGCUCUAGAAUCAGCAGGGGUAAAGCAACAUAAUAUCCUAAUUCAGAUUGUUGACACCAAAAUAUUUGACGAUCUUCUUGCCGAAGCGAUGUCUGAAAAAGAAGAUUUCAAAUAAAUGAAAAAAAAGAGUCCUAUUAAGAGAAAAAGAGCUUUACAGAGAGAGAGAGGUGAUUUUAUUGCAUUGUCGAGAUACUUCUGUGCUCAACAUCAAAUUUACUAAUUUCUUCACUAUUUCAGAAGUAUAUAGAAAAAAAAACGCAGAGCCCUAAGAGUAGCUCACACCAUA